AUGCUGCUGGGCCCCUGGCUGCUGGCGGCGGCGGCGGCGGUGGCGGCGGCGGGCGCGGGCUGCCCGGUGCUGUGCAGCUGCCGCGGGCAGGCGGUGGACUGCAGCGGGCAGCGGCUUUUCUCCGUGCCCCCCGAGCUGCCGCUGGACACGGGCAACCUGAGCCUGGCCCACAACCGCAUCGCCAGCAUCCCGCCGGGCUACCUGGGCUGCUACGGGCAGCUGCGCGCCCUGGACCUGCGCAACAACUCGCUGGCGGCACUGCCGGCCGGGCUGUUCCGCGGCGCCCGGCGGCUGGCACACCUGGACCUGAGCUACAACAACUUCAGCCUGGUGCCCGCCGACAUGUUCCGCGAGGCCAGCGCGCUGCUGCGCCUCGACCUCAGCCACAACCCGGGGCUGCGCCGCGUCCACCCCCAGGCCUUCCGCGGCCUGGCCCAGCUGCGCGAGCUGGACCUCAGCUACGGCGGCCUGGCCGCCCUCAGCCUCGACGCCCUGGAGGGGCUGCCCGGCCUCGUGGGGCUGCGCCUGGGGGGCAACCCCUGGCUCUGCGGCUGCGCCAUGGAGCCGCUCCUCAAGUGGCUGCGGGGGCGCAUCCAGCGCUGCUCCUCGGAUUCGCAGCAGGCCGAGUGCUGGGCUCCCCCCGAGGUGGCGGGAGCCCCGCUGCUGUCGCUGACGGAGGAGAGCUUCCAGGCUUGCCACCUCACGCUGACCCUCGACGACUAUCUCUUCAUCGCCUUCGUCGGCUUCGUCGUCUCCAUCGCCUCGGUGGCCACCAACUUCCUGCUGGGCAUCACGGCCAACUGCUGCCACCGCUGGAGCAAGGCCAGCGAGGACGAGGAUGUUUAGGGACUGCCGCUGCCACCGCCGCCGAUAGACCCCCGCCCCGGCCACCCCCCGGCCCGGCCGCCCCCGCGGGGACACCAGACUGUGCCUUGUCCGCGUCCCCUCCCGCCGCCCCCCGUGCCGGGGUGGCCCUCGAGACGCCGGGGACACCAGGGGACAGCCCUGCUUCCUUUUGCCCCAAACUGGGGAGUUUUUGCACCCCCCCCCAUCACCGUGAGCUUGGACCCCUUCCUGUGCUGUUCCCACUGCCCAGGACUGGUUGAGGCGGCGAUUUGGGAAUCCCCUGGGAACCCCUCCACCUCUGCCUGGGAGAGACAGAGGACAAAGUGUGUGUGUCCCACUCUCCUGGGGGCAUCGAGGAAAUCCCUGCUUUCAGCCCCAAAGCAGCACCGCCAGAGCCCCCCAAAUCCUGCACAUACUCUCCAGUCUCCCCAAAAAUCCAGGGGGGCCGGAAGAGUUGCUGGCACCCAGCUUGUCACCACUCUUCCAGGGCAUGUUGUCAUUGGGAUGUGCUGGAACAGCACCAGGACCACUGAGCCUGGCAGUGGGAUGGGCUGUGACAUCUCCAGGGGAUGACAUCUCCCAGGGAUGGCACCUUCCACGGAUUUCAUCUCCCAGGGAUGACAUCUGCCUCCUCUUUGGGGCCACACCAGGCUCCAGCAUUGCCCACCCUGGGGGAGGUUUGGGAGGUGGAAGGAGCUCUGAAAAAGGGCAAAAAAAGAAAAAAAUAGCAAAAAGCAGAAAGCCAAUGACCCUCUGUCCAGCUGGGACGGCCAUGUCCCCAGUGCCUGUGUCAGCUGUCCCUGGUGUCUGUGUCACCCUGUCACUGUGGGAGCACAUCAGGUCGGGAGUGGGCUUGGGGCUGGGGUCACCUGGGGACUGCUUUGUCCCUUCCCCUGUCCCCCAUGGAGGCUGAGUGCAUGGGGAGGGGGGUUUGGUUUAACCUCAGCCCACCCCAAAAGGGCUCCAGCUGCACCCCAGCCCCAGCGCUGCCCCUGGGAAAGGGAACUUGACCUCUGCCUUCUCUA